AUGCAUAAAAUCCAGCUUCCUUUACUGAAUCUGCCUCGUUUCCCAAAGCUGUUUGCCUGUUCCCCUGUUGGUUCAUCUGCGACCAAUGAGAACCAGCAGCGGAAACGCAGGCGUGUCGACGAGUUUACGGUCGAAAUGUAUCCUGAUUUGCUGGCUGUAGACACUACUGCUAGCGCUGGCAUAUCCACACCAUCAACACAGCAACACACUUCUGCAGCGGCGACGAUCCCACAGCCAAUGCAACAAGUGGUCCAACCGUUCACGACAACUACCGCACCACUAUCAGCAGUACAAAACCAGCAUCCACCAACUAUCGCUGGUGCAGCUGCUUCACCCUUCGAUGAGACGCAGCAACAUGACCUGCUGUUGUCAUCUAAUGCCGUGCCAGCUCAAACUGGAUGGCUUAUGCAGCCAGCACCUGUCGGCGCUUUGCAUCCGCAAUUCCUACCCUUACCAAACGCCAACAACCAACAGCAGUUAACACCAGUAAAUGCGCAGCUGACACUUCCACACCACCUUCCGGAGCGAUUCCACCACCACCACCACCACAAGCUGCGCUGGAAUACUUCGCUCAGCUGCUCGCGUUCAUUAGCAGUGCCCUCGCAACACUGCAGCCACAACUGCUACAAACGCUGGCGGCGCCAGGUACUCUUUCUGGAAUGGCAAGUCCAUCACAGCUCAUGCCCACAACUGCUGCUGGGCAUAUGCUGCCUGCGCCACCAUCAACCUCAACAACAACUACUACAGCGCCGCUGCCACCCGCACAUCAAACAGAUCAAGCCAUAUGAAGCACUGGCGUCUUUGUCGUUCUUGAAACCGAUUAUUAUGUUUGGUAUGCUUUGCCGAGACUAUGAAUACGCUCGUUGUGAAGGAGUCAUAUCCGCGCAUAGCUUGGACUCAGGCUACUUCGGCCCAGUAGUAAAGAAAGCAAAAGAGUUAGGCCACACUGUCAAAAACCAACCACAGCAAUUCCAUACAAUCUUCACCUGUGCCUCCGUGCUCCAUCCGUCACCAUACCUCCUGCUGCAGAAACAACAAAUCACGUGGUCACCAAAUCAGCCAGCAGUAAUAGUCCUGCCAUGGGAGAUGUCGCUAGUCAUGCUGUUCCUACUGCCCAUAUUUCGUUGA